ACGUGGGGUUUGUGUAAACCAAGGCACGCAGACGCGAUCUGCGCUUCAGAAAUGGCGGCUGACGCUGGCAGUUCUCCGCUGCAGCUACCCUGCGUUUUCUCACCAAAAGCACAACAGUUCUUGGCAUUGUGCGCCCAGGAUGGCAGACUUCGUGUUUGGAACACAGACAGUAAAACACUUCACCAAGAAUAUGUGCCUUCAGCCCACCUGAGUGCCACUUGUACCUGCAUAUCCUGGGGACCAUGCCGGACAGCAAAGGAUGGGCCAAAGAGGAAAAAAAGGAAAUCAGAGGCAGGACAGGUGGAGGAGAAAGCAGACCUGUUGGCGAUGGGCACAGCAGCAGGCACUGUGCUCAUCUACAGUGCCGCAAAGGGAGCACUGCACUGUACCUUGGAUGGAGGCCAUAGUGGAGCUGUGAAUUGUGUCCAGUGGCACCCUGAAGACAGUUUAUUAUACAGCGGCUCAGACGAUACAAACAUUAUUGAGUGGGACCUGCAGACCGGCAAGAUGCGAAGUAAGUGGAAGGCGGACCGUGCAGCAGUGACCAGUUUGUGUGUGAGCCAUGAUGGAAAGCUACUACUUUCAGCAGGUCACACAAUCAAGAUGUGGGACUUGGACACCAAGGAGGUUUACAGGAAAUUCACAGGGCACUCCACAGCUGUGACGACCCUGCGCUUUGCCACCACACGACCCCCUGACAGCAACGGCCUUUAUUUCCUGUCUGGCGCAGCUCACGAUCGUCUACUCAGUGUAUGGCAAGUACGAGAAGACGGAAAGGACAAGAACUCAGUGGUUUCCUUCACACUGACUGAUGAGCCACAGCACAUUGAUCUUGUCACAUCCAAAAGCAAAGAAGAGGCGGUGAGACUGGCAGUGGUGUGUAAGGAUGGGCAGUUGCAUCUCUUCGAGCACUUUCUAAAUGGACCCUGUAAGAAGCCCUUGUCACCACUGUGUACAGUGCAGAUGUCGGAUACAAAGGACUCUCCAGUGCCCAUCCCCCUGCUGGCAGCAGCCCUUGGAGCUGAUAUUAAAACUGUGCUACUUGCCUACGGCAACCACCUACAGCCUGUGAUAGAGAGAGUGGAGCUCAGCACAUCAGAGAGACAUGUGUGUCUGACCAGGGAUGUACAGACCAGCUUAUCCCUCUCCAUGGAAACCUCCAUUUCCAAGGUGAAAACCCCAAUUGUCAAUGCCAAGAGCAGAGUGUUGGUGCCAGGACUCCCUGGCCACCAAGCCCCUGUGAAGGGAACCACACAGGGAUCAGAGAAGAGGAAAAAAGACACGGACACAAAAGAGAUGUCGAUAGCAGAGCGACUGGGUGAAAUCGAUCUGUCUUCUGUGUCCAAUGAGAAGGGAGCUCCUAAAGGGAUGGCUUCUUUACAAACAGACAAUUUUGCAGUGCUGCUGGUGCAGGGCCUGGAGAGCAACGACGCGGGCAUCCUAAAUAAAGUAUUCCAGACUCGCAAAGAAAUGGUGAUAAAGAAAACCGUUGCCCGGUUACCGCUCCCUGCUGUUUUACCAUUAGUUGAAGAGAUCACAAAGCGGCUCCAAGGGCACCCUUUCACGGCUGUUCUAAUGGUACGGUGGCUCAAGGCUGUCCUCAUGCACCACACAUCAUACCUAUCAUCGCUGCCAGACCUGGUCACCCAGCUGGGAGUUCUUUAUCACAUGAUUGAGAGCAGAGUGAAGAUGUUCCACAAACUCACGAAGCUGCAUGGGAAACUAUAUCUUCUAAUGACGCAGGUGGUGACAAGUGACAGCAGUAAAGCAGUUGCUGAGGUUGACCACACAGCCAAGCUGGUGUAUGAAGAUGAAUCUUCUGAUGAAGAUGAGUCCUCUGGUGAUGAAGGCCUCCCCGAUGAUGACUCUAACUGGGAAGAGGACGAGGCAAUGGAGGACGACAAGAAAGGACAAACGGACGAGGAAGACGAGAAUCCAGACAGCAAAACAGAAUCCAAAGCGAACGGAGAAGAAGACAUGGAGCACGAGAAUGAGAGCGAAGAAGAAUGAAUCUGUGGACGAAACCUCCCAUAAAAUGGACAUGAAAGAGUUAUAUAAACUUUCAUUUUAUUUUCUUGCUUUUGAUUUUAUUAUGACAACAAAGGAUGGUUUUACAAAAAUCAAGGGACACAUGUUGAAGCGUGGGCGGUUGUUGAUGUCCUGCUUCCUGUCUUUUUUCCCCCCCCCCUGCCAGUCUGAGGAACAGAGGCAACAUCUUGGGGUGGAGGCCAAAAACUUUCUGUGAAAUGAAACUGAUGCAAGUUGUCCUGCUUUGUCUUGCUUUGUAUCAGUGUGCAGACCAACUCUGUCGCCUGAGUUUGCUUUGAAAAUGACUGAAAAGAUUCCAUUGGCCUACACUGCAGUCUGCAUUCCAAAUUCAAUGUCCUUUAUAUAAUAAAUAGUAUUAGAGUAUAUUGUAUGUGCAGCGUAACAAUAGACGAGACAGUUCUCUGUCUGUAAUUGGUUUAUUCUAACCCAGCUCUGUAGGUCACAUGGAACGCUCAGCAUUGUUCAGCAGAGGCAAACGCGGCUCAGGUGACGAGUUGGGAACCAGGCUUCCCCACCCCCAGGCCUUUUGUUGUACAGAAAACCGCUUGAUCUGGAGAUGUGUUGUCCAGACAAGAAUAUAUAUCAUGUCCCCCACACAGUGUAAAUCUCUAUGUACAGUGAAGUGUUUGUAUGAGCUCUUCCCUCUACAGCUACCCUCCCCAGAAAUCCAUGCGAUUAAAUGAACACCUGUAAAGUCUC